CGCGCAUGUCAUGUUCGCUGCAGAUAUUCUUCCUUCAGCGAAGCGCUGCCUGUAAGAAUCCAGACGCUGUGUGUUUGGACACUGACAGCGAAGGCAGCCUAUUUCACAUACAUGUACACAACCUGCUAUUUGAUUCAAACCGACUAAAGAUUAUCCUCCACCUCCGCGGCGUUUUAGCGGACAUUCGGAGAAACAAAAAACAAGCCGCUGGCAGACAGACUACAGACGGAUGCAAUUCCCAGCAGCAGUGGCGAGUUAGAUGGAGAAACAGAGGGUGGACGAGUCGCUGUCGUAAAUAAUUAAAUAUCCAGGCAUCUGUUGAAGCUAAAAUAAGGGGAAAAUGCAUCUCCACCAGGUGCUAACGGGAGCUGUGAACCCCGGUGACUGCUGCUAUUCUGUGGGGAGCGUCAACGACAUUCCUUUCACGGCCUAUGGUUCAGGCUGUGAUAUAGUGAUCUUGGCCAGUGAUUUUGAGUGUGUUCAGAUCAUCCCUGGGGCUCAAAAUGGCAACAUCCAGGUGGGCUGUGUCGAGUGCUCCCACCAACUGGGCAGGAUUGCAGCGUCCUAUGGGAACACAGUGUGUAUCUUUGAACCAUUCGCUACCAACCCAAACAAACGCCACAAGCAGCUUAACUACCAGUGGAGAAAGACAGGACAGUUCUUCCUAAAUGCUAUCACCUAUAACCUGGCCUGGGACCCACAAGGGAACCGUAUUCUGGCAGCUACAGAGCACCUGCAGCUGUGGGCCCCUCCGUCAGCAGACACACUGAUAGAGGAGGAGGAUGGACCCGUGACCGAUGAAAAACCUCACCCUGCCCUCAACGACUGGAAGUGUGUUUGGCAGUGCAAGACUGCUAUGUCUGUUCACAUCACCAAGUGGUCUCCUGAUGGGGAAUACUUUGCAACAGCCGGCAAGGAUGACUGUCUGUUGAAGGUGUGGUACCCCACCACUGGGUGGCGCUCUGCUGUGGUGCUCCCAGACCUCCCAGAUAAGAAAGGCCCUCAGGUCCACUUCUCCUUUAUAUACCUGGCCCACCCCCGCUCUGUCACCGGCCUGUCUUGGAGGAAGACCAGCAAAUACAUGCCCAAGGGUAGUGUGUGUAAUGUGUUGUUGACGUCGUGUGAGGACGGUGUGUGUAGGUUGUGGUCUGAGACGGUGCUGCCAGAGGACAGUAUCCUGGGUGGUCAGAUCACUGAGAACACAUACAGCUCCAGCCUGCCAGGCCUGGGGGGCAAGGACAAGAUACAACACGCCCUGGAGUCGAUGAGCCACCUGAAGCACCUGCGUCGUGGUCGUCGGAGGUCGUCUGCUCUGGUGUCUCACACUGAGUUGCUGCCGUCUCAGAUGGGGACCCACGAGACACACACACACCGCCACAUCUCUCACCACGCUAACGCUCUCUGUCAUUUCCACAUCUCUGCCAGCAUCAACCCUGCCACGGACAUCCCAGCGGUGCUAGCGGAGUCUGCUGUGUUUACUCCGGAGGACGGGAGUGGAGGAGGAGGGUUUGUGGUCCACUGGCUCAACAACAAGGACCUGUCCUUCACCACCUCCAUGGACCUGUUCAUGCUGCAGCUCCGCAAGCUCUCAGAACAGCAGCUGGACCAAGCCACCGACGACGCCCUCGACCAGAAUGGCUCCCCCAUUAAGUUUGACUUUGACCUAGAUGAGAUGUCAGAGAAGGGUUCAUCAGAGCAUGAGGAGGGUGAGGGUGGUGAAGGCAGCACCAAGGCGUCGUCCCCAGGCUCCAGUAGCUCAGUGCCCCUGCCCUCCAUGUUGCUGGAGAGGAAGAUGGAGGCGUUAACUCUGGAGUGGAAUAAGAGUCCUGACAUGCUGUUUACCAUCCACCCCACCGACGGGUCCUUCCUGGUCUGGCACGUCAAAUACCUGGACGAGUACAUCCAGGGGAUCUUCAGACAGGUGCAGGUGUCGUUCUCGUCCCGUAUCCCGGUGGCAUUCCCUACAGGCGACGCCAACUCCCUGAGUAAGAACAUUCUGAUGUACGCCUGCUCCUUCUCCAACGUGGAUAGCUCCAACGCCGGGGGAGAGCAGGGGACGAGGGCCCGCCGUCUGCCCCGUUCUGCCUCUGCUGGGCUGGGUUCCUCAGCCCUCAGCCUCUCUCUGGGCCAAGCUCCAGGCAUCGGCCCUGCUGUCAUGAUGGUGUCCAAACAUGUGGACGGGUCUCUCAAUCAGUGGGCGGUGACGUUCGCUGAGCGCUCGGCGUUCUCCAACGUUCUAACUGUGUCUCAUACGUUCCGUUACUGCGGUCACCGGUUCCACCUCAACGACCAGGCGUGUCACACCGUCCUCCCCCUACUGCUGACCUCCUCCCACCACAACGCUCUCCUCACCCCCCCCUCCGCCCCCGGCAGCAUCGACCUCGACCAGCCACCCACACACACACCUCCCCCCAGAGGACGGCGCAGGAAGCAGCUGCGUAACGCGGCCACCAGGACGUUCCAUGACCCGAACGCCAUCUACAGUGAGCUGAUUCUGUGGAGGGUGGACCACAUAGGACCCCUGUCCUGCACUGGAGGAGUGUCAGAGCUGGCCCGAAUCAACUCCCUGCACACAUCAGCCUUCUCCAAUGUAGCAUGGCUGCCUACCCUUGUACCCAGCUCUGUGCUAGGUACAUACUGUAACAGUUCCAGUGCGUGCUUCGUAGCGUCAGAUGGUAAGAACUUGCGUCUCUACCAGGCUGUGGUGGACGCCAGGAAACUACUGGACGAACUGUCAGACCCUGAGACCUCAAAACUAGUAGGAGAGGUAUUUAACAUAGUGAGCCAGCAGUCGACAGCCAGACCAGGCUGCAUCAUAGAACUAGAUGUCAUCACUAACCAGUGUGGAUCUACCACCCAGCUCCUUCAUGUUUUCCAGGAGGACUUUAUUUUGGGGUAUACACCUCAGGAGGACCCAGAGCUCUACACUACAUCCUACCCUUCUCUCGAGGAGUACCAUCCUACUCCGUUCUCUGAGAAGUUCUUCCUGGUUGUCAUAGAGAAGGACCUGAACAUGAACUCUGUGCUGCAGAUGUGGCACCUGCACCUCCAGUCCGUACAGGCCUGUGUGGAUGAUCCGGUCCCAGAGCGGUCUUACCAGUCUCAGCUGACGAUCCCGUUCCAACAGAGUACAGCUGACACGUCCCCCUCCCCUCUCCCUCGCUCAGCCUCCACAGCCAACCUGCAGUCAGCCAGCAAACUGAUCCUCAGCUCCAAGCUGGUCUGUAGCCACCGCCUGGACCUGCCUGUUGGGGUGGAGGUGACCAGGGCUACGCCCUCCGCAGGUCACCUGAGUUCGUCGUCCAUCUACCCUGUGUGUCUGGCCCCCUACCUGAUCGUCACCACCUGCUCUGACUCCCGCGUCCGUUUCUGGCGCUGUUCUGUGGAGGGGGGAGAGACAACCCUGGGCUGUGAGGAGGGGGAGAACAGGAUCUAUCACUGGGAGCCUUGGGCUCUACUCAACGAGGAGGAGGAUAACAACAGUGCUGUGUGUGUCCCGGGACGUCCUGUAGCCGUGUCCUGUUCCUACACUGGACGACUGGCUGUCUCCUUCAAACAGCCCCGGCCUGGACACAUCCCGGGACAGGGCCAUGGUCCAGCAGGGGACUUCUCCAUGCACGUGUCCAUCUUUGAGUGUGAGUCUACGGGGGGGUCUGAGUGGGUGUUGGAGCAGACUCUCCAUCUGGAUGACUUCACUAGGCCCUCCUCUACUCUGGACCCCAGAGUCAGUGUAGACUCCAACCUCUUUGUGUACAGCAGGUCUGACCUGUACAUGAGUCGCGACCACCACUCUCCCAACAUCAAACACUAUGUCCACCUGGACUGGCUGUCCAAAGAGGAUGGGUCUCAUAUCCUCACGGUGGGGGUGGGAUCCAAUAUCCUCAUGUACGGUCGCAUCUCGGGCGUUGUCAACGAACAGACUUCAAGCAAGGACGGGGUGGCGAUCAUCACCCUACCUCUAGGGGGCAGCAUCAAACAGGGUAUCCGUUCACGCUGGAUCCUGCUGCGCACUGUGGACCUGCUCUCCUCUGUAGACGGCACCCCCUCCCUGCCCGUGUCCCUGUCCUGGGUGAGGGACGGCAUCCUGGUGGUGGGUAUGGACUGUGAGAUGCACGUGUACGCCCAGUGGCGCCAGGACCGCAAGCCCGGCGAGGCCGAGGGGGACAGCCUCUCCUCUGAAGAUAACAUCGCCGGGGGGGUUGGAGGGGGCGGAGUGCAGACGGCCACCAAUGCAACCACGGGGGGAUCCUCGUUGGCGUUCAAGGGGCGCCCCCGGUCCAAGAGUGUGUUUGAGGGCAACGUGGCAAUCGACGAGGCUCUCCAGGCGCCGGCAGGGCUGCAGGAGGGGGGUCUGUUCGAGGCAGCCCACUCCCUGUCCCCCACCCUGCCUCAGUACCAUCCAACACAGCUGCUGGAGCUCAUGGACCUGGGGAAGGUCCGCCGCGCCAAGGCCAUCCUGUCCCACCUGGUGAAAUGUAUCGCUGGGGAGGUUGCUGUGGUGAGGGACGUGGAGGCAGGUGAGGGUGGAACCAGACGCCACCUGUCCCGGACAAUCAGUGUGAGCGGCAGUACGGCUAAAGACACCAUCGUGGCCGGCCGCGACGGGGGACGAGAUUACACAGAAAUCAACUCCAUUCCCCCUCUACCCCUCUACGCUCUGCUCUCUGCUGACCUGGACACCUCCUAUAAGGGAGGAGAGGAGGGGGCGAAGGGAGGCAAGGUGUCUGAGGUAGAGGGGGCGAGGAAGACAGGAGGAGAUCAGUACACAGACCUGUUCCAGUUGCAGGCUGUGACGACGGAUGACUUUGUGAGCUUCGCUACAGAGAAAGUAGAGAAGAAGUCUAGAUUCAUCAACCUGUCUCAGUACGGACCCACCUACUUCGGACCAGAACACGCACAGGUGUUAUCUAGUCAGCUGAUGCAUUCCAGUCUUCCAGGUCUGACCAGGUUGGAACAGAUGUUUCUGGUGGCUCUAGCUGAUACUGUAGCUACCACCAGUUCAGAGGUCAGCAGCUCCACUGACAAACAGUACACAGGUGGUGAGGCCCUGGAUGAGUGUGGGUUGAGGUACCUGUUAGCCAUGCGUCUACACACCUGUCUCCUCACCUCUCUACCCCCACUGUACCGCAUGCAGUUGCUGCACCAAGGUCUGUCUACGUGUCACUUUGCGUGGGCGUUCCACUCGGAGGCUGAGGAGGAGAUGUUGAAUAUGAUCCCGGCCAUGCAGAGAGGAGACCCUCAGUGGUCUGAGCUACGGGCUGUAGGGGUGGGCUGGUGGAUACGCAACAUCAACACACUACGCAGGAUGGUGGAGAAGGUGGGUAAAGCAGCGUUCCAGAGGAACAAUGAUCCUUUAGAUGCAGCUCUGUUCUACCUGGCCAUGAAGAAGAAGGCUGUUCUCUGGGGCCUGUUCAGGUCUCAGCGUGAUGAGAAGAUGACGGUGUUCUUUAAGAAUAACUUCAGUGAGGACCGCUGGCGUAAAGCAGCUCUGAAGAACGCUUUCUCUCUGCUGGGGAAACAGCGCUUUGAACAGGCUGCUGCCUUCUUCCUGCUGGCUGGCUCCCUGAAAGACGCCAUCGAGGUGUGCUUGGAGAAGAUGGAAGAUAUCCAGUUGGCCAUGGUAGUAGCCAGGCUGUACGAGGCUGACUAUGAGAGCAGUUCCACCUGCCAAGCCAUCCUGUAUGAGAAGGUUUUGGGCUGCCAGAGGGACGGGUCAGGGUACCACUGCACCAAACUACACCCGGACCCAUUCCUACGCAGCAUAGCCUUCUGGAUCAUGAAGGACUACACCAAGGCUCUGGACACACUGCUAGAGUGCAUCCCCAAAGAGGAUGAUGAGAACCCAGAUGUGAUGGUGAAGUCGUGUAACCCAGUGGUAUUUAGUUUCUAUAACUACCUGAGGACACACCCCCUGAUCAUCCGCCGUCACUAUGCGUCCCCUGAGGGUGCUGUGACAUCAUCACUAGGCCUCACCUCGGAGAAGAGCAGCGUCGACGAGAUCAACCUCAUCGAACGCAAACUCUUCUUCACCACCGCCAACGCACACUUCAAGGUGGGCUGUCCAGUGCUUGCCCUGGAGGUGCUCUCUAAGAUCCCCAAGGUGACCAAGAAGUCAGUCUCCUCGUCCCCCCUAAGUAAAGGCUCUUCCAUGGCCAACGUCAGCUCUAGCCUGCCCCUGGAGAAUGGGAACCAGGGGGCCCUGGACUGGGCCUCUCCUGCCCCAGUUAAGGCCAAUCCUGCCUGGGGUACAGAGGAGAGCUCAGCCACACUGGACUGGAGCCAGCCUCUGGUCAAAGUGGAGGACGAUGGACUCCAGCUGGACUGGGGAGAUGAUAAGAACGAUGAAGAUGAUACUGAUGGUGGUCUGACAAUGAAGAAGACUGAUGUGGAGACCAAAGCUGACGAGGGGUCUGGGGGGGUGAGACCACCUGGGCUGCAGAGAGAGGACUCUCAGGGUGAGUCUGAGGUGGACGUGAUCGCAGAGCAGCUGAAGUUCAGAGCGUGUCUGAAGAUACUGAUGACAGAGCUCAGGACGUUAGCUACGGGCUAUGAGGUGGACGGAGGGAAGCUGCGCUUUCAGCUUUACAGCUGGUUAGAGAAGGAGAUAGGGGCCAUGCACCGCAUCUGCAACUACAAGGUGACGGGGAAGGAGGAGAGCCAGGAGCUGGAGAGAUGGGAUGAUGGAGGAGUAGAGGACGUGUUUGAGGAGUCCCUGGGGGGUGGCGGGGGUACGGAGGCGGGGGCGUAUGAGCGCCACCAGCUGGGGCGUAGGCGUCUCGCAGCCAAGCAGCUUCAUGCUGAGAGGAGGAAGGCGUGGCUGAGGAAGAACCAGGCUCUGCUCCGAGUCUUCCUGUCCUACUGCAGCCUGCACGGAGCCAAGGGAGGGGGGGUCACCUCAGUACGCAUGGAGCUCAUCUUCCUGCUGCAAGAGAGCCAACAGGAGACUACAGUGAAACAGCUCCAGUCCCCCCUGCCCCUCCCCACCACCCUCCCCCUCCUCUCAGCCAGUAUCGCCACCACCAAGACAGUGAUCUCCAACCCUGUCCUCCACCUUAGCAACCACAUCCAUGACAUCCUUCACACCAUCACACAGAUGGAGUUGCCUCCACACCCUGACCUCAUGGACGACAGGGUGAAUCUCCUGCACACCCUGGCUGCCUCUCUAUCUGCCUGCAUCUAUCAAGCCCUGUGUGACAGCCAUAGCUACAGCAGCCAGGCAGAGGCCAAUCAGUUUACAGGGAUGGUGUACCAGGGCCUGCUGCUGAGUGAGAGGAGACGGUUACGCACCGAGAGCAUCGAGGAGCAUGCUACACCCACCUCUGCCCCCGCGCAGUGGCCAGGUGUGUCCUCUCUGAUUGCUCUGGUUCAGUCAGCUCAGGGCGAGGAUCAGCCCAAGCUCAACGUGUUGCUGUGUGAGGCUGUGGUGGCAGUUUACCUGUCCCUGCUCAUCCACGGGUUGGGCAUGCACGCUGGCAACGAACUAUUCCGCCUCGCUGCUCACCCCCUCAGCAACAAGAUGUGGGCGGCCGUGUUUGGGGGUGGGGCUAAAAUCAUCAUCAAACCGAAACGGAACGUCGAGAUCACUCCAGCAGCAGCAGCAGGUAAAGCUAGAACGGACUCGUCAUCAUCAGUGACCCCUGAACCUGACUCAGGGACUAAGGCUAAACCAGCCGUGCCAGCCCCUCCCCCGGCAGAGGAUGUGGAUCGACUCAGACGACGGUUUAAUAUGAGGAUGCUGGUUCCUGGUCGUCCAGUAAAGGAGGUCCCUGCCACACCCCCUCCCGUCCCUGCAGAGAGACCCGCCUACAGGGAGAAGUUCAUUCCUCCAGAGCUCAGCAUGUGGGACUACUUUGUGGCCAAACCCUUCCUGCCCCUGUCAGACAGUGGAGCUCUGUAUGACUCAGAUGAGAGCGGAGAGGAGGAUGACGACGACGAUGAUGAUGAUGCUUUCCUCUCUGACACACAGAUGACUGAACACUCUGACCCCAACUCAUACAGUUGGUCUCUGAUCCGUCUGGUCAUGGUGAAACUGGCUCUACAUAACGUCAAGACCUUCCUCCCUCUCACUGGACUGGACUUCACAGACCUGCCGGUGACGUCUCCUCUGGGGAAUGCUGUGCUGAAGACACUAGAGAACUGGGAGACCCAACUCCAGGAGAGGAUGAACAAGUUUGAUGGUCCUCCUCCCAACUACAUCAACACCUACCCCACUGACCUCAGCACAGGAGGGGGGCCCGCCAUACUGAGGCACAAGGCCAUGCUGGAGCCUGACAACACACCUUUCAAGAAUAAGAACCACAUUUCGUUCCCUGCGAGGCGUCUCUGGCACUACCUGGUGAAACAGGAAGUUCUUCAGGAGACUUUGAUUCGCUAUAUCUUCACUAAGAAGAGGAAGCAGAGCGAGGUGGAGGGAGACUUAGGCUACCCAGGAAGGAAUGCUAAGAUCAUCCACAAGGAGUCUGACAUCAUCAUGGCCUUCGCCAUCAACAGGGCUAACACCAAUGAGAUAGUGCUGGCGUCCACUCACGACGUGCAGGAGGUUGAUGUGUCCACUCUGUUAGCUGCUCAGCCCUACACCUGGAUAGGAGAGGACUUUGACAAGGAGUCACACAGUUCUGAUGACGUGGACUACCGUUCUUCCCACACUAACGUUGCCCAGGCCUCCUCUACCCCGUCCCACUUCAACCCCAAAGACAUGGCAGCCUCUGCAUCCAUGCCCUGGCUGGGGAGUGGGCAGACCAGCAUGGGUGCUAGUGUGAUUAUGAAGAGGAACCUGAACAAUGUGAAGAGAAUGACCUCCCACCCCAUAUUCCAGUACUAUAUGACUGGGGCUCAGGACGGCAGUGUCCGUAUGUUUGAGUGGAACAGGCCACAGCAACUCAUCUGCUUCAGACAGGCAGGCAAUGCCAGAGUCACACGCCUCUACUUCAACUCACAGGGAAACAAGUGUGGUGUAUCAGAUGGAGAAGGCUUCCUCAGUCUGUGGCAGGUCAACCAGACCUCCUCCAACCCCAAGCCCUACGUGAGUUGGCAGUGCCACUCUAAGACCUGUGGUGAUUUUGCCUUCAUCAUCUCCAGUCUCAUCGCAACGGCAGGACAGUCCAACGACAGCAGAAAUGUCUGCCUGUGGGACACUCUUAUUUCACCUAGUAACGCCAUGGUACAUGCCUUCCCGUGCCAUGAGAACGGUGCCACGGUGUUGCAGUACGCUCCCAAGCAGCAGCUGCUGAUCUCGGGAGGCAGGAAGGGCUUUGUGUGUGUGUUUGACAUCCGACAGAGACAGCUGCUACACACCUUCCAGGCCCACGACUCAGCCGUCAAAGCCCUGGCGCUCGACACCUCCGAAGACUUCUUCGUAACCGGCUCGGCUGAGGGGAACAUGAAGGUGUGGAAGCUGGCAGGCCAUGGCCUCAUGCACUCGUUUAGCACAGAGCAUGCCAAGCAGUCCAUCUUCCGGAACAUCGGAGCAGGCGUCAUGCAGGUGGAGACCCGCCCCGGCAACCGCAUAUUCACCUGCGGCGCCGACGGAACCCUCAAGAUGAGGGUUCUACCCGACCGCUACAACAUCCCCUCUAGCAUCUUCGACAUUCUGUAGACCCCAAACCACUUCCUGUACUGUCUGUAGAGAGGUCAUCUGAUUGGUUAGUGGUUGAACGUUGAAACUAUAACCAAACUUUCACUGGAAUAUUCAACAUCUUGUAGAAACGUAAAUACCUGGAAGUGGUAUGUCUAAAUGGCGGUGGAUAGGAAGGAGUAAGGUUGAAAGAUUAACCAAACUUUCUUUCACUAGUAUAACAUUGAGUAGAGAGCCUAGACUUGUGUGAGAGAGACGAAGAGAGAUCGGGGUAAAGGUUUACAGAUAGAUCACUAAGUAUAUUACACUGCUGGAUAGGCUAGUUGAGAGGGCUCUAAUGAUAUGUGUGACGUAGAGGUGAAAGGUUGAGAGAUGACCAAGGUUUCAGCAGCUUUGAGAGAGCAACAGAGAGUGUACGGUAUGACUUUACCUAGCGGAAAUCCUAUCAGAAAAGUUCAAUUGAGCUGUGAAUAUCUUUGUCUUUCCCGAAGCCUAAAAGCGUGUAUUAAAACGUAAAGCAACAGGUUCCAUACUGGAUUUUAACAGUUACAUUUCCUAUCAUUUUAAAAGCGGCUGCUGGACGUUUACGAGUGUGUCAGUCCAUAUGAAAGCUAUGCAUGACUUCCUGUUCUCGUUUUAAGCGGUGCAAUCACAUGGUUUAUUGAUAUGAUAGUGCUCUGUACAAGUGCUCAAACUCUUCUAAAGUGUGUAUCUGUUGUCAUUUUGUGCCCAUAAGCUGAAAAACUCUCUUAGCAUCUACAUUAACCAGCACUGUGGUUCCUUUAGUCAGUCAGUCAGUGGUCUGGUGUGACUCUGAAGUUGUUGAUCUGCAUUUUGUUGAAAUGGUUUCAUCCUCUUCAUCCCCUGGCUAAUCUCACUGUUAAUGACAACGUUUAAUGGCACACUAUCCCCAUAGUGACCCCAUCCCAUAACACUGGCUGCCUAGUGACUCGCUAGCCUACUCCAUCGAUUGAUCUAUGGAUUGAUUGAGCCUAGCAGCUAUGUGAUCACACCUCUGUGUAUCUGCCGCCCGCCUGCCGUCAAAAGCCUGUUUGUGCGGCAGCAGCGGCCUCACUGCUAGAACCUUGUGUUUGGAAGAUGGUGUGUUUUGAUCCUGUGACUGUGUGUAGUCUAUAUGUCUCAUCUGUCUGUUCCACUGAAUACCCCCCCCCCCCCCCC